AUGGGGUUAAAAAAAAUAUUCACCGUCAAACCUCCAGAGGAGGACACUAUUGAACAAAACCGUUCAAAUUUACAGGAAUUAGGAAUAUCUACAAAACAUCAGGCUCGUAAUACAUCGAAAUUCGCAGCAUAUCGUCAAUAUGCGCUAGAUCAUCAACACGACAAGUUUUAUGCACCCGAAGGAUAUGAACAAUAUGCUCAUCCACAAGAAGUACCAGAAAUACCACCAGAAGAAGAGAGUCAGACUCCUGAGAGUGCUUCUGAGGAUAAGCCACGGUCCAGGCACCAUUUUAAAGGUUUGACAAAGAAACUGGUGAGAAGGUCUACAAGAGAGAAACAAAGAGACGCUGAAUUAGCAAGACAAGAACAAGAAAAUGCAAUUCCUGAUGUUUACAAAGUAAAAUCGCCACCUACAAAUAAUAUCAUAGCACCCAAGGCCAAGAAACCAUUUGAAACAUCUGAUCCUUAUGAAGUUUUCCAAAAUAAGAGGAAUACUCCAUUGAAUAAUGAUGAUCCAUUUUCUUUUGAUAAGCAAAAUUCAUAUACCACUUCUAGUGGCAAUUAUGGUCGUAAGACACCAACUACUUAUGGCUCACCAUUGGGAGGUUCACCUGUGGUGAACAACGGACAGUUUCCCCAGUCCAACGUACAUGAUUCACACAAUAACCGAUUUUCUGGUUACAGUACAGCCUCACCUAAAUCUAAUAACCCUUUUGCAUCGUUUGUACAAGAUAAAUACGCUGGAUCUGUUGAUGAUUUAAAUAGGCAAUUGACAAACUCAAUUUCCAACAAUGACCAUGAUUUAAAUAAACCUAUUAAUAAAGCCUCAACAUGGGCAGAAGAUUAUAAAUAUUGGGAUGAUAAGUAUCAAAAAAAUACAAAGAGUGAUACAGAAAAUGUUGAUCAUGAUUUUGAUUUAAACGGUCCUCCCGGUAUAUUAGAAGAAAAUACAGAAACUAAUAUUGAACUGCCUAGGAGACAUCAACAACAAUUACAAUUAGCUAAAGAACAAGAACCAGUACAGAUAGCCAUGGCUGAAGAAAGUGAACAAAUUUUAAAUGACGAUUUGAAUAGGGUGGCAUUACAGGAGGAUGAAAAUGUUGGUUCUUCGAAACAACAGUAUAUAGAUGAUUAUGAAGAUAUGGGUGAUUAUGGGUAUUGCAAUAUGAUUCAACAAAACGAACCACAGACAAAUAGGUUCAAAACAUUUGAAGAAGUUCAAAGGGAGGAGGAAGAAAGACAAUUACAAGAAGAGGAUGAAGAAGUAGAAGAACUUAAACAAGAAAUCAAAUUUACAAAACAGAGAUCAGUGGCAUCAACACGAAACACUUUAAAAAUGGCUCGCGAAGCUGAAACAAGUGGUAUGAAUGCUUUAGGCUUAUUGGGUGCUCAAAGUGAACAAUUGGGUAAUGUGGAGAAAAAUAUUGAUUUGAUGAAAGUUCACAAUCAAAGUGCAUCUGACAAUGUUGAUAGUUUGAAACGAUUAAAUAGAAACAUUUUAGCCGUUCAUGUGAAGAACCCAUUCAAUUCUAAAAAAAGAUUAUUAGCUAAACAAGAAAAGAUAAGAAACCGUAGAUUGGAAGAAACUAUGCAACGAGAACAUACGAAUCAAGGAAUCAUCAAUUCUACCAAGAGGAUUGAAAAUGCCUUGGAACAAAAUAGCAAGCAUGACCCUUCAGAAUUACAAGAAAAAUACGAUAGACGUAUGAUUUUGGAAAGAAAUCAGAAGUUCCAAUUUGAAAAUGAUGAUGAAGAUGAUGCCAUGGAGAUUGAAAUUGAUCGAAACUUGGAACAGAUUGGACAAAUCUCCAAACGUUUGAAGAAGUUAGCAGUAGCUGCCGGUCAGGAGUUGGACGAUCAACAAGGUAGAUUGAAUAGUAUUGAGGAAGAUACUGAUAAUUUGGAUAUCGAUAUAAACUUGAAUACUCAUAAAUUAGCAUCUAUACGAUAG